AUGAUUUAUCUAACGUAUUUAAGUAGCAAUGAGUUUAAUUUUAAACCAAAUGAUGUUGAAUCUAUGUUGAAGAUUGAUAAUAAACAGGCAUUUUUUUUAAACAACUCGUGUACCCUCAACAGCUUGGUGUAUAAAAGAAAGACAUAUGAAGAGAAGUAUAUAGAAAAUGAUGUUCUACAUGGAGAUACUAAAAAGGAUUUAUGUUGUGUACAAAAAAGAAAAAAUACGUUGAUAAUGCAAAACAAUCAAAAUCAGAAUUAUAACGGGGAUAAUAAUAUACUAACAAAAAGAAAUAAACACACAAUAGAUCUUCAUUACAAUAAUGAAAAUAUUUUUUUUACAUCCAUUCACAAGUUCAACCCUUUCAGAGUAUUAUUACGAAAAAGUGUACUUAAUAAAAGUAUAAGAAAAAUAAGGGGAAAAAAAAACAUAAAAAAUAAGGUUAAAAAAUCAAAGAAGAAACAUCAUAUAUUAUCCAAUAAAAAGAGUUUUAAAGAAAAAAUAAUUAUAAAUAUAGAGAAAUAUUAUAAACUGCUUCGCAUCAGUUAUUUGAAGGGUAGGAAAAAUGGAUUUGUAAAACCUAAUAAAAUAAAAAAUGAGAUACAACACUUUGAGAAAAAAAUUUUCUUGAACACCGUUGAAAAUUUAUUAAACUUACAAGAUAGUACAACAAAUCCCAAGUUAGUUCAUGAAAACAAUUUAAAAUUUUGUAUAGACACCAUAAAACGUAACAGAGAACAAAAGUAUGUGUAUCAAAUAAAAAAGCACAUGACAAUAAGAAAUAAAAAAUACAUUAUAAACAAGGUAGACAUAGCAAAAAAUUAUGCACGAUAUGUCACUUCAUAUGCUAUAUACAAAAAUUAUAACAUAAUAUGGGGAAAAAAGAAAAAAAGGAGAAAAUUAAAUAUUAUCAGUAAAAAAGAGAUAAUCAAAAUGGAAUAUUUUAAAUUUAAAAGAAAAAAAAAAAUAAAUCAAUCAAAAUUUUUAAGUGAAAAAAGACUAAUUGUGUCCAAAGAAACCGAAAUGAGAAUUUUACUUAGAAAAAUAAAUAGCACUAAUAGUAAUAUACUUCAGAGACCCACGAAUGAACCAUCUAUUUUAGUAUAUACACUUGUUACGAGCGAGUAUAAUGUAGACAUGAGUAAUUAUACUAACAGCACAGAUCUUUCAGAGGGAAACAUAAAACGGUAUGAUUAUUUUCAUAAAUUCUUCCUUCUGAAGUGUCACGUUGAGACUACGAGUUGUAGCGCUGAGUUAAGAACUAUUCUUAAUUUAAACAAAAAGAACAAAAUGAUAAUAAAUAAUAAUAAUAUCAAUUAUAAUAAAAACAAUAAUAUUAAAAAAGGAAAAUCAGCAAAGAUCUCAAAAGAGAUAAACUUUCCAUACCACGUGAGAAGCAUCUCUUCAGAAAUAAAUAUUAAAAGAUGUUUUUCGUUAUUAGCAGCUUCAUUAUAUCUGAUUGUAAUAUAUACGGCACAAUGCAACAUAAUUCUAAUUCCAAAAUUUUUGAGCACCUUAUACAGUACCUUACAUCAAAUUGAAAUUAGAAAAGAAGUGUGUAUUCAAUAUUAUUUAAAAAAAUACAUCAAUAAGUGUUCACAAAAUAUUGUUUACUGUGAACUUCUCCUAGAACUUUCAUUAACAAAGGACUGUCACUUUAUAUUAAAAAUGAAAGUAUUGUAUAAUUAUUAUAGUAUAGUUCAUCAGACGUCGUUACUAUUUAUGCUAAAUUUCGUUCAAAAUUAUAUUACAGAAAUUGAUCAAUCUUAUCUAAUGAAAGAAAUAUCCACAGUCAAUAGCAUUAAAAGCUCAUGUCCAAUGAGAAUCAAACUAUUCGUCUCAAAACAUUUAUGUUUCCGAAGAAGCAAAAUUAUUUUUACACAUUAUAAUGAUAUCAUCAAAUAUUGCAUUUAUUUUCUUAAUUACUGUGAAUUUUCUAUUAUUUUUCUUUUGAAAAAGAAAACACUUUUAUUAAAUAAUCAAGAAAAAAAAGUGUUAUUAUGUUUCAUUUUUAAAGGCACUCAGUGGGUUAUUAAAAAUAGGACAAGAUAUAUUUUUUUGAACGGGUGUAAUAAAGUGUAUAAUAAUCAAGAAGAAUAUUACAAAAAUGAUUUUAUAAAAUGGUUGCUUAGUUUGAAGUGGAAAAGUAAUAAAUAUAAAAUGGGGUUCAAUUCAUUAACACAUUUAAAAAAUUACAGUAAUAAAAAAGAGAAUGAAGGUGAAUUACAUGAAUGCAUGAAUGCAAAAAAAAUUAUCGAGCACUAUCGGAAUAAUUCAUAUAUAUCCUCCAACGGAAGUAUUACAUUAAACAUUGCAUUUAAGAAACUACUAAUAUAUAUUUGCAAUUAUUUUACCAUUUCAAAUGACCAGAGAAUAAAAAGCAAAAAUGCGUACCAAUACGUAUCUCACUUGAAUAAACACAACACUGAUACACCAAAAUUGCAUAGAAAUACCUUACAUUUAAUAGUUCUCCAUCUCUUAACUGAUUCUAUCAAACGAAAUUUUAUCAUAAACUCAUUUCCUCAAGAUAGCAAUGGGUACAUUUGUCAUGAGUAUCCCAAAUUCUCUGAAUAUAGCGCAACCAAUAGUAUCUUUACAAGAAUAAGUAGCAGUUUCAAUAAUUCAAACUCAAAAAACGAGACAAAGGAAACUGUAAACAGAACAAUCUACAUCUUAAAUGAAGAAAAAAAAGAAAUAGUUUACAAUUCCAAUUAUGCACAUAAAAAUGAAGCAGGAAAAAAUGGAUCAAACGCAAUUGUUCAUACAAAAAGGAAUAAAGCGAAGGAUUUUCAUCGUGUGCUGAUACACAAGUUAAUAAAUAGAGAUCCAAAUAAUUUUAAAUUCAAAAUGGUAGAAAUAACUAUCUCCAAGUGUCAAAACCAAGAUAAACAUCACAAGUAUGACAAUAGGAGUUGUGAAGGAAACUAUAACAAACGUAGAAGUGAGAAACACAGAAGAAAAAUAAAUAAAAAGAACUUAUACACACAUAAAAAGUACAACAUAAAAAGAAUAAGCUGCCUCAAAUUUUACAACCACGUAACCACGAAUACGAAUCUCAUGAAAAAGAAAAUGAAAUGCUUCUAUAAAUAUAUACAUGUAAUAUUUAACAAUUGUAAAAAGAAUAAUUGCAUUAAUCAGUAUUUUACCAAAGAAAGCUUUAUUUCUUCCCUUUUGUACAAAAAUCAGGAGAACAAAAUAAAGAACCAGCAGACAAACCCAUUAACAUUUAGCAAGAAACCGGAAAACUUGUGCAAUGAGACAAAUUAUUAUUUUGAACAAAAUUCACACUUUUGUGUCGAAUGUGAAAGAAAUAAUAAUCAUGUGAUUAAUACAAAUUUAAAUAGUUUACAAAAUUUAGAGGAUACCUACCUUGAAAACAUUAAAAAUUAUAAAACAUAUGAUGCACAUGCUGAAUUAGACUAUAUCAAUUUUGCUAUAGGGAACAUAAUAUUCCCCAAAAAAUAUGCAUGCACGAAAGGUUAUAAAGCAUAUGGUCUUUGUAAUAAACAAAAUGGAUACAUUUAUGAUUAUUCCCUUAUGAAAAAAUGUGCUAAUAGGAUUAAAUUACCUAAUUUUCGAGAGUACUAUAAGUACUACAAAAAACACUUCCAAAAAUAUCGCUAUAUUUUACAUCAUAAUAUGAUGAACUAUAUGAAGUACCACAUCAGGGGACAUCAAUCAUUAAGGAAAACAGAAAUGAACAAUAUCAUAUGCACAAAAAAGCAUAUACACAAGAUUCGAAAUUAUCAUAACAGGAUAAGUUCCGGAACUCAUAAAAAUCAUAGCAACAGAAGCGUUAGAGCCCGAAACGAUAGCAACUGCAACACUAAAGGCCACCUCAAUGGCAGCAGUUUUGGAGGGGAAAAAAAUCACAUCUUCCUCGAUGAUGUUACAAAAAUUGUUAAAAUGAUCCAACGUUCACAAGAAGAAGAAAACAAUAUCGGCUACUAUUUCCAUACCUUUCGUAGCAAUGAGAAAAUCUCUUCUAAUGCAAAUAACACAGUUAAUAAAAUUAACGAAGCAAAUGAUAUUUAUAUUAGCAGUAAAAGUUAUAAAGAUAAAGGCAUACUCAAAAGCUGUAAUAUUUCCAACCUUGUCAAUGCAACACAUCUUGACAAUUUUAUUAAACACGAGAAAAAUUGUAACAAAUUUCAAAAUAUAUUUAUGAAAGAAAAUGUAGAUUAUCACACUAACAUAUUUAGACAUUCAUUUAAGAGUACUCAAAUUAUAGAAAAAUAUUUGAACACAUAUAAUAUAAAAGGAAAAAACACACUUAACAGAUGCAGAAAUGGAUCUAACAUUGCAGAAUAUUAUCCAACGAAUAAUGUUACAAACGAUCAAAUAGACAGAGUUGUGCUCAUACAAAAUUGCAACAAUGAUGAACUGAAUACGAUAAGUCACCUUUUUAAAAAUUAUAGUAGUAUUAGUACUUAUAAAAAUUGCAACGACUUGAAAAAAAUUCUAAAUCACUGCAUUAUCGAGGGGAUCAGAAACAAUGCUAACGAGAAUGAAAGCACGGAAAAUCAAAGUAACAUCGAAGGAAGCAAUGACAAACGAUGCGACAAGGGAAAUAAGGAGGGAAGCAAAAAUAGCGAUGCCAAAAAUAGUGGAAGAAAUAACAACAACAGCAAAACUAAUAAUAGGAGAACGGGUAAGGAAAACAAUAGCCCCACUAACUGCAGAAAUAGAGGAGGUAAUAAAAGUGCUAACAGCAAUAAUGAUGAUAACGAACAGGAAGGAAAUGACAGAAACAGAAGAAGCUGCAAUAAAAAAAACACUUGCAAUACUGACAAAAAGAAAAAGAGCAAGAGAAAAAGAGGAAACAAAUUUAUCAAUUAUAAGCAUAAAAAUAUUAAAAAGAAAAGUGUACAUACAAGUGUACAUAAUUCUAAACAUACUAAAUGUAAAGAGGGAAAAAAUAUCAAAUUAAUCAAAUGCAAAGAACAAAAAAAGAAAAAAGGGAAAGAAAUUAGCAAAAACGUCAAAGAUACAAACAACCUAAUGAACGCAGAUAGUAGCAAUAUCAAAAAAGAAAAAUUGAUUAAUAAGAAAAUCUUUAAUUCCAAAAAUGCAAAAAGAGAUGAAGAAUUUAAAACGGAAAAAUUGCUUAAUUGUUGCGAUUCAUUAAAACGUCACUUAAUCUUUUUGAAAAACUUAGACUAUGACAUAAAAUUCGGAAAUGUGUAUGUAAAAUUAAAAAAAAAAUUGAGUUCACAAAACAAAUGCCAAUUUGAUGUAUACGAAGCAGAAAUUGUAGCCAUUGAUAAUAUCACUAAUUUCUUUUAUUCCAAUAUUCAAAUUUUUCAAAAUUUUUACAAUUUACUUAAAAGAAGUAUAAACAGUUAUGAUUUUCUCAAGACACAUAUGAAUAAUUAUAAUUCCUUAUCAGACCUGGACAUUAAUGACAGCAAUAUAUAUGACUUUAUGAAACAUACCCAAGAUUGUAAUUUAAUCAUUAAAUAUUUAAUGAGUACCAUAAAUAUUCAAAAACAAGAUAAUAAAAGCAGUUCAAUAAAUUCAAAAUGUCUAACUCCUAGAAAGAGAAGCUUUUUGUCACAUCUUAACUUACCACAAACUAACAUCGCUGAAUCGAUAAGUGAAAAACAGUUAAGUACGACCCAAGUAGAAAUAUCACAAAACGUACAAAUUAAUAACAGUUUGAGCAAUGAUCAAGGAAAUACAAACAACAAGAGAAGAAAAAAUAAAACGAACUACAUAAUUAAGAGCAAUAAUAGAAAAAAUAUUAAUACCAGGGAUUCUUCUCCGUAUGAUAGAUACACAUCUAGAAUAAUUAACAUAAACAAAAAUGUGAAUUGUUCUAUGAAGUCAGUAGACACAAAUAUGGAGAAUAGAAACAGUGCUACAACACCAAAUAAUCAGACCUAUAACACAUCUGACAUACAUUUGAAUUUCACACGAAGAGAUACAAAUGAUAUACAUUCUAGUUUAUUAAAUAACAAUAUUAUUAGUGAAAGUUCUUCUGUAAUAAAAAAAGAUAGAGAACUUUUUCUUAGUUCUAAAGAUACCAAUAACUAUGUUACAGGAGGAAAUGUGAUUAUUCUUACAAAUUCAAAUAAUACACAAAAUUUAAAUCAGAGCGAUCGAAAAGGUAACUUUAAAAAUGUGCACACGAAUAUUUGCAACCACUAUAUGAAUAACGUUAACGAUUACAAUUACAAUGGUCCUAGCACUUGCCAUCCAAACUGUCCACAAAAUUUUUCGCAAAAUGAACAACACAAGUGCCCCCGCACAUCCAGCCAAAGCACACUGAACAACAUCGUAUUUUAUAAUAAGGCACUAUUAAAUGAUCAAAUACUUACAAAAAAUCUAAUUGACGCAAUAAAAAAAAUAAAUUUCCUAAAGCAGUUUGGUUAUAAAUCCUUAUAUGACGUAUUAAAAGAUCAGUGUAGAAAAUAUUAUUUAGAAAAAAUGAACAUGGAAACAAACACAUUAUAUAAUAUAAUAAAGCACAUAAUUAGCUACAACUACAUUAAUGAUGCUAUAAACGACCCUAUUACAAUUUAUCACAAUUCUGUUAAAAAUAUAACAACCAAUAAGUUCGCUAUAAAAAUAUUAAAUAUAAACACAUGUGGCUUGUAUAAAUUAAAGUACAAAAUACACAGUCUAUUAUCAGAAGGAAAACAAUUGAAGAAUGUUAACGUCGAAAUUGAAAAUUAUGUUCAGAAAAAAUAUCAAGCGGAGGAACACCUAGGAAAUUUUCAAUUCCAUAAUGUGAACAAUAUUCAUCAAAAUAUAAAUGAUGCAUAUAAUGACAGUCAUUUAAACCAAAACAUUACGAACCAUGAUUUAUCAAAUAACCAAUUCAUAGAAACUUAUAAAAAAGUACACAUGCAAAAAUACGCAAUCACAAAUAAAGACCUUGAUUUAUGUAAAUCGAAACAUAAACAUCUCAAUUUCUCCCAAUCUACAGAUGUAAAUCACGAUUUGUACCUAUCAGAAAUAUUCAGUAUUAGAAAUUUAAUGAACUACACUUUGUCUCCAAAUAAUGAUACACAAAAAUGUUACAAUGAGCACCUUCUCAGCUGUAAUCUCAAUGUCGAAGAUCACAAAACAAAUGAACACAAAAACAACAGUGAAAGUAAUGCUCUAAGAAGCAGUACUAAUAAUUCUAAGCAAAACUUCACAAAACGUAACAAGCUCACUUGCGAAAUAAAUCAGCAGAAAAGUGAAGAUGUUUUAUCAAAUGUAUCCAAUAGCAGUGCCUACCCAUUUAUAUGUAAAUAUUGCUUAAACAUUUUUUUUGAAGAAAAUGUAAUGUUAUCACAUUACUGGAAUCAAAACAUUUUAAACAAACCUGUUUUCAACAUACACUGUGAACAAUUAAAUGAAGAUUAUCAAGACGAGGGAUAUAAUAAUGUUAAAAAAAAAAAAAUGAUGUCUCAAAAUGUACACAUUUCUGGUGAUCCGCAUAUAUCCAAAAAUACUGAACAUGUAAAGGAAAACAAUCACAUUGUUCAAACUAAGGAUAUAAGACAAAAUAAAGGCCCAGGAAUAGUGAAGAAAAAAAGCUAUACCAGCAAUAAGGCAGAUAGCCUAGCUAAUCCUAGUAACAGAAGAAAAAGAAGCAUCGGAAGCAAUCGCAACAGUCGCCCCAUCCGCAGGAACAAAGGAUGUAGAUAUGUGCACACAAGAAGUAGAGUGAAAAGAAAAAACAUCAAGCAACCGAGUUCUAAACGAAUUGCUAAUGGUCAACGGGAAGUGAUAAAAAAUAAUCCAAAAAAAUGUGAGAAGAAAAAGGAAACAAAGUUAAAAAUAAAACGUGGCAUUAUAAGCAAAAGUAGAAAAGUAAUAAAUACAAAAAAAGAAAAAAAUACACAAAUUUAUUCCAAAAAUAAACAUUUAGAUAAACUAAAUGAAAAGAAAAAUGAACAAAACAAAUUCGUCUCGAACACGAAAUUAUCAGAGAAUAUUGAACUCGGGUGCAAACCAACAUCUUCAGUAAAGAGAGAAGUACCGAAAAGUAUAGUUUCAUGUGUUUCAACUCCAAAUAAGAAUUUGUGCAACACUCAUGAAACUCAAGACCUUUUGAUUAACAAUUACACAGAACAUAAUGCGUCAAAACUGAAUAUUAAUAAUCCCAAUAAUAUAAGAAUUAAUGCCUGCAAAAAUUGUAAAGAGAAAAAUACAUCCCACGAAAAUCCUUUAGCAAAAGAAAUAAUAAAAAAAAACAGAAAGCAUCCCAAUUCCGUACCAAAAUAUCUAUGGUCAUCUGUUGGAGUCACAAAAAAUAAUGAAGAUGUUUUAGGAGUAGCUAUGCAAAUGAUUGACGGGUGCACACUAACAUAUAUUAUACAAAAAUUAAAAGGAACAGAAAAUAUAAAAUACUGUUUGUUUUUAUUAGACAUUUGUAAAAAAUUAGUUAAGCAGUUAAUGAUUAUAAGUGAAUCAAUUGAUAAUCCUAUAAUUAAUUGGGAUACAAAACCAGGUAAUAUUAUGAUAGAAUAUGAAACUGGAAAUUCAAAAAUAUUAUGUAAAAAGGUUACUAUUAUAGAUGUGGGAGACGCAUUACCUGGUAGAUAUUUCUUUUUUCCAACAAACCCAUCUUAUUAUGAAAAAAUUAAAAUUAAUAACAUUCAAAAAAAUUUUAACAGUUUCUUAUAUUAUGUAAUAUGUACCAAGGGAUAUUGUUCCCCUGAAUGUGCACUCUUAGUUUUCUUACUAUCAUCACUAAAUAAGUCAGAUCAAUUCAGAAAAACUUGGUAUGGAUCUGAUUCGAACAUUUUUCACAUUAACAAAACAAAACAUUUAAGAAUAAAGUACAGAUGGAGAAAAUUAUUAGACUUGCGUUUUAUUCAACCUAUCGUGAAAAAAAAAGACUAUAUGAUUAAUCCCAACAUAAUUACCCCACCUUACCGAAAAUGCCCAUGUACAGCUGGUGAAGAAGCUGAUGCUAAAUAUAUGGAAACCAGAAACAGAGAAAAUGCAAACUCCAAUGGUAGUAGCAAUAGUUGUGCCAUCCUUAGUAGUAGUGGUGGAAGCAAUGAUAGCAGUGGAAAUGGUGCAAUCUGUAAAAAUUGUGAAAAUAGUAGAAAUGGUGAGAACAGUAGAAAUGAUGAGAACGGUAGAAAUUGUGAGAACAGUAGAAAUUGUGAGAACAGCAGAAACAGUUUUCAUGGAAGAAGUAACGGCUUUGGAAAUACUCGCGACAUUAAAAGUGGUAAUAACAAAACGACAGAGUUUGGAAGAAACGAUAUAGAUCCAUGUCCAAUCUGUACGAAUUUGUGCACGCACCAAUGGGGGAAUUCCAGUGUGGAUGCUUGUCCCAGACAUCAUAAUAUAAUCGGUAGGAGCAUAAAUGGAGCCAUUCGAAAUAGCAAGAAUGGCAGUUCGCACAAUAGAAGUUCUCAUAACCACAAUUCCUACAACAGCACAAAAUUGUUUCAGAAAGAUCACCAUAAUGAAAUAAAUUCUAGUAAAUGCAAUAACCCCAAUAGCAACAGCCAUGGAAAUAACAAAAACAGAAGUAAUGAUAUCAUCCUUGGAAUUCAAAACAACAACUGCAUCAGCAGCAAUAAUAAUAGUAGCAGUUAUGUCACUAGGAAGAAUGUAAUUAUUUUACCAGAAAUAAACAGGAAAAGUGACCAAUUCGAACCAAGUGGAACAGACAUGAAUGCCAGUUCGACACUGGAAAAACAUGGAAGCGUAGAAAGCGAUCGGUCAAAUAAUCAAGAGGAUGAUAUACUAAAAGGUUAUUACCUGAUGAAGGUAUGCAUACAUGAUAUUAAGGAUGAUGGAAAGAGAGAACAUUACUCAGAUAACGAAGAAAUAAAAGAAUAUAUAUUUAAAAAAAAUGAAGAAACAAAAGAUACAGAAACCAAAUUAAAUGAUUCUGAAAAAAUAAAAAAGAAAAAAAAAGAAAAUGAAUUUCUUAAAAUGCAAAACAUAGACACAUGGGUUGUUAAGUUCACCACCAAAACCACUAUUUUCAGCGUAGGUUUAGUAUUAUGUCAAUUAUUCGGUGGACACAAUCUAUUAAACGUUGUUAAUAAAAAUGAAGUAAAGGUAGUUGAUGUAUUAUGUGAAUGGAAUUGUAAAAAUACUACGAACAUAUAUUCAGGAGAAAAAAAUGUAACCAUUAAUGAUUUAUUGCCAAAUAGAGGAUUAUUUGCUAAUGUUUUAUGGAGAAGUAAAAUUAAAAAAAUCAUAAAAAAAUGUUUGCAAUUUGUUCCAUCCAGAAGAUGCUCAUUUAAAGAAUUAUACGAGGACGUAAAAAUUCUGAAAAAGGAAUUUGAAGCCUAUUAUAAUUUGAAUGACGAAUAA